UUCUGGUGUGAAAGCAAAGUCUCACGGUAUCCUUUCCAAGGUGAUACAGUAUUCGUGAUCGCUUCACCAAGGGUAAGAUUACAGCAGCGGCUCUAUACAGCAAUGCCAGAAGCAGACUAUUGUAAAUACGCAAGUUCAUUAGUGCCACAACCCAUGCGAAUUCCAGUCAACAUGCAAUGGCUUUUACAGCAUUGCCCAGUCUUUCCAAUAUCUGGAUCAAAGGUUAGAAUAAUCACCAGUCCUAAAGAAUUCUACCAAGAACUUCUGGACCGAGCCUCAAGAUCAUCACAUCGUAUUAGUAUGUCUUCCUUGUAUCUUGGAACUGGAAAAUUAGAAGAGGAAUUGGUAUCCACUAUGGUGAAGAGAGCUGAUGAGUGUAAAAGUCUUCAGGUAAAAUGGCUCCUGGACUUCACCAGAGGUUCACGGGGAGAGUACAACUCACGCAGCAUGUUGCAGCCUCUUAUUACCAGACAUCCAAGUUCAUGUUCUGUGUCUUUAUACCAUACACCUGACCUCCGUGGUAUCUUGAAAAGCCUCAUCCCUCAGCGCUGGAAUGAAGUAAUCGGCCUGCAGCACAUGAAGCUCUAUGUUUUUGAUGACACUUUGGUCAUCUCUGGAGCUAACCUGAGCAACGACUACUUCACAAAUCGCCAGGAUCGUUAUUUUGUGUUCGAAAAUUGCCCAGCUUUGGCUAACUUCUACCAUUGUCUUAUAGAAACAGUUAGCAAGUUCUCUUUCCUUCUACAUAAAGACAACACAAUAGCAAUGCCUCAGGAAUCAACUGUACACCCAUUCUUGGGUAAUUACAAGAAGUACUGCAGUGCAAUGAGAGAAGCAGUGGAGCAUCUUUGGAGAAAGGAAUGUGAAAAAAAUGUUUUGAGGUUACAGAACGUCAGCCAAGGUCAUCAUCACCAUUUACCCUCAGACAAGAGAGGGGAUGACUCAAAUGGAGAGAUUGAGUUUAGGAAUAUGCCUGACACUCUGAUCUUUCCUACCUUACAAAUGGGACCAUUUGGCAUCACAAAUGAUAGUAUUAUUACAAACAAACUCUUGACCCAGGCUGAAGAGGGUGCAAGAAUACAGCUAGCAUCUGGAUACUUCAACUUGACAAAAGAAUACAUGAAAUGCAUCCUAUACCACUCGAGAGCAACCUAUGGUAUCCUCAUGGCUCAUCCAAAGGCCAAUGGAUUUUUGGGAGCACGUGGCUUUGCAGGGGCAAUCCCAGCAGGGUACACUCAGUUAGCGAAAGGAUUUUACAAGAGAUUAUGUCAAGAAAGACAAAAUGACAGAAUCUUCUUGUGUGAAUAUAAACAGCCAGGCUGGACAUUUCAUGUCAAGGGCCUUUGGUAUUAUCAAGCAAAUAAGCCCCUGCCACUUCUGACAAUGAUUGGGUCUCCAAACUUUGGUUGGCGCUCUGUCAACAGAGACCUUGAGAGCCAGAUAGUGUUGAUAACAGCUAAUGAGGACCUUCAAAAGUCCUUGCAUCAGGAACAAGAAAGAUUAUAUAAUUUAUCAGAUCAAGUAACUGAUAAAACCUUUGGCCAGCCAGAUAGAUGGGUGCCAUUUUGGGUACGAUGUGUGAUGCCUAUUAUAAAAGUCUUCUUUUGAAAGAUGUUUGUAUAUAGAGGUGCUUUGUUGGUCAUAGACUUCUGUAAAAAGUUGUUGUUGUAAAGUUUAUUAUAUUCUAUGGCAAAUAAAUAGAAAAAAGAA